UUUUUUAUCGUACUAGUAGGUAUAGAGAGAUGAGAUUCGUCCUAAUUUUGUGAACUGUGGUCAGUGUGGUGUGACUAGUGUUUUGAAAUUUUUGUCCAGUUUGUGUUAAAAUGAAGUAUGAUAAUUGUCCAGUUUAUAGUAUUGUAGUUGUUUAAUAUUAACGAUAUUUUGAACUCAACUUUAUAAUGAUGUUCUUCAAAGAUAAAUUGCUGUCUGCGGCUCAGUUAAAACGCCUGGGAGAACAUAAAUACAAGUAUGAUAGUUGUAGCCUCCUGGACCCUUAUCUCCAAGUGUACUGGAACUGGUUAGUUAGCAAGGUGCCCAUGUGGUUGGCACCAAAUUUAAUUACAAUAUUAGGACUCCUAGUGAAUAUUUUGACAACUCUUCUGCUUGUGUGGUACAGUUCUGAUGCUAAAUCUGAGGCACCUAGAUGGGCGUUCCUACUGUGUGCCCUGGGACUGUUCGUAUACCAGAGCCUUGAUGCCAUCGACGGCAAGCAGGCUCGCAGAACCGACUCUUCCACACCUCUAGGCGAGCUGUUUGACCACGGCUGUGACUCAAUAUCAACAGUGUUCGUUGCGUUGUCAGCAUGUAUUGCAACACCCCCCCGACUCGGUCUGCGACCGACGUUGCUUCACCUACUCCGCCCUGCAUCUGACUCGCCGCCUGCCUGCUCCACGCCUGACCCGGACCCUGCGCUGAGCGCCACUCCAUCCAGAUCCUCCACAUCGAUCAGUUCACCGGCGGGCGAGGACUACUGCGUUUCCACGCGUCUACGGGAGAGAAACCGACCCCUGUCGCUGCAAACAAAACCUGACCUGAUUGGAGCUGCCCCCAUAAAAAAAAAAACUACAAACUCACUCGAAGUGCCUACGCCUGUCGCCUCGUCGGGAGCCUCUGAUGCUGACGAACUUGCGUCAAAAAAACUGCAGAUUAAAGAAGCAGAUAAGAGAGGUCAAUGUCGAUCUGAUGAGGGUUGUCGAUCAUUCCAUUGA